UUUCUUCACUAUUCGCCACAACUUGCGGUGUUUAGUUUUGGAGCGAACGCCGGACGAAAAUCAUGGAGGAAUUGCAGAGCGCUCUCGGGAACCGCGGCCUGACCGUUUCGAAACUUCCAGAGAAAGGCCGUUGCCUCCCCACCACCAAAGACUUCUAUCCAGGGGAAGUGAUCGUAAGCCAAGAGCCCUAUGUGUGCGUCCCUAACAACUCCGCCGGUAACUCCAAGUGCGAUGCUUGCUUCGAAUCCAGUCACCUCAAGAAGUGCUCCGGUUGCCAGGUUGUCUACUACUGCUCCAGCACUUGCCAGAAGUCGGAAUGGAAGCUGCACCGUCUCGAAUGUCAAGCUCUCUCGAAGCUUCCAAAGGAGAAGAGAAGGGCUGUUACGCCUUCUCUGCGUCUCAUGAUCAGACUCUACUGUCGUUCUAAGCUACAGUCUCAGAAGACUAUUCCUACUUCUGCUAUGGACAAUUACAGUUUGGUGGAGGCCUUGGUGGCUCACAUGUCGGAGGUUGAUGAGAAGCAAAUGGUGCUGUAUGCUCAGAUGGCUAACCUUGUCAGCUUGAUACUUCAGCGGCCUGAUAUCAAUAUAAAAGAGAUUGCGGAGAAUUUCUCAAAGUUUGCGUGCAAUGCACACACAAUUUGUGACAGUGAAUUGAAACCCCUGGGCACAGGACUCUAUCCUGUCAUAUCAAUCAUUAACCACAGCUGCUUGCCGAAUUCUGUUCUAUUAUUUGAGGGAAGGUCAGCUGUUGUUCGUGCUGUGCAACAUAUACCCAAAGGAGCUGAGGUGUUGAUAAGUUACAUCGACACCGCUGGAAGCACUGUGACUCGGCAAAAAGCACUGAAGGAACAAUACCUUUUUACCUGUGCAUGUCCCCGCUGCAUUAAAGCGGGUCAUUACGAGGAUAUCCAAGAAAGUGCAAUUCUGGAAGGCUACCGAUGCAAGGAUAAUAAAUGCGAUGGUUUUUUGCUUCGCGACUCUGAUGACAAGGGAUUCAUAUGCCAACAAUGCGGACGUCUUAAGAGCAAAGAAGAGAUAAUAGAGAUGGAAAGUGAAAUAAGAUCAUUGCAGGAAAAGGCUAUUAUAGCUGUAGAAUCUACACCUUCUAUCACUUACCAGGAAGUUAUAGCUAUCUUGAAGGCAAUGGAGACACUCCAGAGGUAUCUAUGUCAUGAUUUCUGCAUCUAUUUGAUCCCAACUUGGGAGGAGCUUGUAAAGAAUUUGAUGAAGGCAGAAGACUGGAGUGAAGCUCUAGCAUAUUGCAGAUUGACUAUUCCAGUGUAUCAAAGAGUAUAUCCAGGUUUUCAUCCUUCUCUUGGAUUGCAAUACUAUACCUGUGGAAAGCUUGAAUGGUUACUUGGAGAGACUGAUGAUGCUGUGAAAUCUCUGACCAAGGCAGUAGAUAUACUGCGGAUUACUCAUGGGACAAGUACACCCUUUAUGAAGGACCUUUUCAGGAGGUUGGAGGAGGCACGUGCUGAAGCUUUUAUCAAUGGAGUAGAUUAGUAUGUUACUCAUGUCAACUUGCUAGCCUUUUAGGAUAUUUUGUUGAACAUUGCUCUGUGCAUUACUACCAUUACCUCAACUGAUGAAGUGUAUCAGUUUUUGUUCGUCCAUCUGUCAUUGUCAAACUGGACGCAUGGGUGAAGAAAGGAUAUCAUAUUAAGUGGUUUCUACUUUCUUUUGUAUCAGAGAUCUUGGAUGAGCGGGGAGACUAAACUUUAGGCUUCAUGCCGCAAUGUUAAUAGCCAUGGAGUUGAACCUAGACAUUCGUCA